AUGGCGCUGUUUCAGGAGCUGUGCAAUUCACGGUCGUCCAACAUGGCUAGCUUUAUUGCACCAGGUCGGGGCAGCACGGCACCGGCCUCCAGAGUCCAGACUCCUUCCUCUCGGGCCGUUUCCGCCUAUCUUCCCCGCCCCCCCCCCCCCCCACUCCCCGCCUCUCCGUCCGCCGGUCGCGAGCCGCGCGACCCAUCUCGCGCGUCCACCUUCGAGGUGGCCGUCGAGGAGCAGGACUCGACGCCGGAGUCGCCGGCGCCGCCCGAGGAGGAUGCCUACGACUACGACGGCGGCGGCCCGCGCGCCGUGCCGCGGCAGCGGCCUUUGUCUGUUGCCGCGGCCCCUGCGUCGCUCCCCGGGGCCGCGGCCAGGGCCAAGGGGCCGGUCCAGAAGGAGCAGGAUGACGACGGCGAGGAACACAUGGAGGUCGACCUCGAGAAGCUCCCCUCCAGUACCGGCGACCCCGACAAGCUCGCCAAGAUGAAUGCUAUACUGUCCCAAUUUACAGAAGAGUAGAUGAACCGGUAUGAGUCGCACGUUUCGGAGAUCUGGAUUCCAAAUCUAACAUGAAAAGGCUGUUAGUGGGCAUCACCGGAAGUCAAAAGAUUUCUAUCCCUAACGUCAAUUGUGGUAUCAGGAAUAGCAAAAAUGUUUGUUGGCGAGUUGAUUGAAACAGGCAAAAUAGUUAUGACUGAGAGGGAGGAUUCUGGACCCAUUAUGCUCUUCCGCUAGAACAGAAGCAUCUCCAUUGAUCCAAGCCCGGAUUUAGAUGCCUCUUUCUGCCAAACACACAGUUGUGGAAAUUUGGCCGUGCUCUUUCUGUGUGCUCCCACACCCCUGUUCGUUCGCCUUCACACCAAAACUCGAUUAGGGGAAACAAAGAACAAUAGUAAGUGCAGGCUCAUGCACUGUAAGACGAAUCGUGCAAAGUGUUGCGUAUAAAGUAAAACGCUGGUCAUGAGGUAUUGUUCGGGCUAACAAUUUGUACUGCGUCGUGUGACUGGAUCUUCUCAUCUUACUUGCGUGUAUCGGAGUGCACAUCAAUGUCGUCUUGGGUUAAGUUCGAAAUGAAGCACACGUUUGGUUUGAUUGUCAGAGC